AUGUUUGAAACCUUCAAUGUCCCCUCAUUUUUCUUGGCCAACUCCAGUGUUCUGUCUCUGUACAGCACAGGGCGGGUAACUGGCAUGGUGUUGGACGUUGGCCAUAGCACCAGCUAUGCCACUCCGGUGGUUGAUGGGUUUUUGCUGCCUUAUUAUGCGAUUCUACGGACGGAGCUGGCAGGGGCGCACUUGACAGCUUGCUUGCUGAAGUUGCUGAUAGAGAAGGGGUAUUCCUUUUCGAGUGAGGGCGAGCUUGAGAUUCUGGAAGUUGUUAAGGAACAACAUUGCCAUGUAGCCUUGGACACAACAGCAGAUACCCAAGAGAUUCUGUACCAGAUGCCCUGUGGCACCAUUCUUGUCCUACAGUCUGAGUGCCUGCUGUGUCCUGAACUCUUGUUCGAUCCUCGCAGCAGUGAUGGCAUGGCCAAAGACCAAAGUGUGACGGAGUUGAAGUUGUUGCACCAGUUGAGAGACAUCUUUCGUCACUGA